GUUUCCCAUAGAUCCUCCGGCGGUCAGAGUGCACGGCGCGCACGGGUUUGUGGGAGGUGUAGUUUGACCUGUUUCCAUGGUGACUCAGGCCGCAGCUAUGUCAGACUGCUGACGGCGCGCGCCGCCUUGUGGGAAUCGACUCAGCCUCCGUUUCCCGUGGUGCCCUGGCUUGGCUUCCGGCGCGUACGGUCGGCGCGCGCGACCGCGGCCCGGUUGACUGAGCAGCCAUGGACAGCGGCUUCGGCUCGGACUUCGGCGGCACGGGUGGCGGGAAGCUGGACCCGGGGGCCAUUAUGGAGCAGGUGAAAGUGCAGAUCGCCGUGGCCAACGCGCAGGAGCUGCUGCAGAGAAUGACGGACAAGUGCUUCCGGAAGUGCAUCGGGAAGCCCGGGGGCUCCUUGGAUAACUCGGAGCAGAAAUGCAUCGCCAUGUGCAUGGACCGCUACAUGGACGCCUGGAACACCGUGUCCCGCGCCUACAACUCUCGACUGCAGCGGGAACGAGCCAACAUGUGACCGGGACCUGUGCCUCGGGACACUGUCCUUACGGUCCGAACUGUUUUCCCUGCCAAUUAGGGCAGCUCCUCUCAGCCACCCCGAAGUCUGGCAGCAUGGAGGGCUCGGGGACCGAGGCCUCUUCCCUGGGCUGCUGCGUCCAGCUCAGUCUCAGAAGAGAGUGAGGACCCGACAGAGCACGGGGCUGGCCCCACUGACCUGUGACCUCAGGAGAGCAGGCCAAUAAAUCGCUGCUGGGGCAGAAAAA